CUGGGGAGACUUGCUAAACACGGCAUACACCUGCUCGACGGAUGAAUGAGUCCCCCUCUCAGAGCCUAUGAGACGAGGAGGGGCUGGCUGCAUGGCCAUCGCAGAACCGGAUUACCGCUCUCGUCCAGAGCUGAGAGCGACUCGGGUCACGCAUACUAGUACUCACACAGCGAUUGAGGCUCUUUCGGAAGACUUCAAAAGCCCAUGUCGUCCUGGCCAACGUGACGCUAAACUCAGACGACAUGUGCCUUGGUGAUUCCUGACUCGGGUGCGAUUGCUGAAUCUAACAACAAAAUUAGAUCAUUCUCGAUACACCUCGUCGAGCUGCCCGACGCCGUUCUUAUGAUGGGUAGGGAUUAUUACAUGACUCUCACAGUCCGCGAUCUCCCCCCGGGUACCACCGCUCAGGAUGUUUGCGAUCAUAUCAAUCGACGACGCGCAAAUGCACAUCCCGUGGUCGGUCCUCUGGUGAAGGACCCGAACAGGCCCUCACUGUGUACCGUUGUGACAAUACGGCAGGAUAGCGAGUAUCUGUGUCGUACAUUACGGGACAGUCUCAACCUCAAGACGUUUUACCCAAGGAACCCGACAACCACGGUUACCGAGUCUCAGAUUGCCGUGAGCAAUGAGUUUCUCGGCGUCACGACGUUAGCCGAGCACGAGAACCCCGAGUUUGAUCUGUACUUCGUCCACGGUCUUGGCGGGCAUGCAUUCGGAUCUUGGAGCUCCAACUUGAACAGAGGCACUCCUAGCAUGUGGCCAAGAGACUUCCUCGCCAAGGACAUCCAGAACCGACCUCGUUCUCGCCUUGACCCCGACGGUCCCAAACUCGCAGGGCGUAUUUCGACCAUUGGCUACAACGCCCACGCGCAGCAGAGUUACUCAUCGACAAUGACCAUCGAAAAAGCAGCCGAGGACCUCCUUGAAAGGAUUAGAACAGACCGCCCUGAGGGCUCCGGCCGCCCCAUGUAUUUCGCCUGUCAUAGCCUUGGCGGCCUUGUUACGUGCCAGGCCCUCAUUCAUGCUCUGCGCGGAGAUCCCUCGAAGCCUGAGUUGCAGGAGCAUUACCGCGGCAUCUUCUUUCAGAACGGCCAGUGUUUGGUCAAGGGCAUAAUAUUUUUUGGGACUCCAUUCGAGGGAUCAUCACUUGCAAACUUUGCCCACAAGUUCGCCAAAUUCCUCGGCGGCAACGAAGCAAUAAUCAACAGCCUAAGAACAAAAUCCGAAGUAUUAGCCGAGCUUGUAGGCAAGUUCAAUCAGCUACGAAGCCAUCGGGAGACGGGAUUCCCUAUUGUAGUAGCGUUUGAGAAAUCGCCCAUGUUCAACCUCAAAUUCGUGACCAAGCCCGACUCGGCUAUCAGUUCCUUCAAUUCGCGGACCAUCGGAAUAGACGGGGACCAUAGGACCAUGAUCAAGUUCGAUCACCCUCACAACAAGGACUAUCUCCAUGUCUCAGAGAUCAUGAUUCGCAUGAUUCAGGAUACCCUACCAAGCAAGAAAUCGUUCCGAAGAGACUCGAACCCGUCACCCCCGUUUGAGCCGCAGCCCUUACGCAGCAGAUCCUGGAGCUCACCGCCUCCCCCGUACCCGGGAUUGUCCGGUACGCUCAUUCAAGCUCAGCCUGCCGAUCCGACUUCCCCGGUUUGCGACUGCAAGAGCCCAAGAAGGUCUGGAUCAUCCUUGGGACAGCCGCCAACGAGAGACGCUAGCCCAUGUCCCGAAAAGACGGAUGAUCCGUGGCCGAGCGAAUCGUUUAGGAAUGUCGUUCCUGAUGUGAAACCUGUCAAGGCUGAGGAGCUUAUUCAGCCAGUCCAGAAGGGCAGGGAGCACACGAGCGAUUUCUCCGCGUUGCGUGCGUUCGACACCGUCUUCCUGCUGGACGACACGGGUUCGAUGGUGGAAACCGACACGGACAGCGGUAGAUCUCGGUGGGAGGAACUCAUUGAAAGUCUCCGAUACACGGUCGAAAUUGUUUGCCACUAUGACAAGGACGGGGUCGAAGUCCACUUCCUCAACCAGGACGAGAAGGACGAAGACGGCAUCACAGAAGGGCAGCGGGUUCUUAACCUCUUGACGAAGGAAGUCUGCCCCGACGAGCAAGGCGGCGGGACCUACAUCAGCACCCGCCUCUGGGAUAUCCUGUGUCCUUAUGUCGACAGGUUCGAGGCGUGGAAGACAUGGCAGAGUAGCCGUGACCGCUCCAGGCCAAAGAUGAAAAAGCCGAGGAUGCUCAACCUGAUCGUCAUCACGGAUGGCGCUGCUGAGGACAAAGAAGGAGUAGAAGAUAUCAUCGUCAAUGUGGCCAAGAGGCUAGACAGCCUCAGUGCGCAUCCCAACCAGGUCGGUAUCCAGUUCUUGCAGAUUGGCAAGGAUGAUGAUGCCGCGAGGUGGUUACGGUCGCUGGAUGAUGCAUUGAAGGAGAAGCACUCUGUUAGAGAUAUUGUCGAUACGCGACCUUGGGACAGCCCGCGGGUUAUUGACAAACCCUUCAGGGAGAGGCUGACCCAGAUUUUACUUGGAGCUGUCAACCGGGCCCAGGACUGUGCCGGAAAUGCUGAAAUGGAGUAAAUGAUCUCGCUGGAAG